AUGAUCGCUGCCUUGCUACGCUGCGUUCUGUCGUUGAAAGAUAUCGACGGGAUCAAUGUCAGCACCAUCUGGGCCAUCCGAGAAACUUUUGUUGGCAUUAUCGCCGUGAACGCAGCUUGCAUCAGACCUCUCUUCUCUUCGGCUCACUGGCUCAGCUCGAGCAAGGGCAGCAGCAGCGGGGCCAUGAAGUACACCGGAUCAGGUGAUAAAUAUGGUCACCAGCUGGUCACGAUUGGAGGCGGCGGCCAGAGCACCGAUCGCUCCAUGCCUGCAAAGAGGAGGCACAACAAGUACAACAUGACCGAGUUUGAUAACAACUCAAGCGAAGAACACAUCGUCAAGUCUUCCGAAUCCGCCAAUUGGCCCCAGGCUAGCGGUGACCGCGAUGGAAGCUUGACAAGUAAGUCUAGUGGUCAGCAUGGUGGAAUCAUGGUCACAACUACGUACGAGGUAAAGCCCGGAGAAAGCCAGCGAUGA